AUGGAUGUGAAGAUGGCGUUCCUCCGUGGAUAUUUAAAGGAUGACAUCUGCAUGAGUCAAUCUCAAGGGUUCAUUGAAGCAAGUAAAGGAAAUCUAGUUUGUAGGUUGAAGAACUCUUUGUAUAGACUCCAACAAUCUCAAAGACAGUGGUACAAGCGCUUUGACACAUAUAUGUUGCAGAUUGGGUAUAGAAGAUGCGAAUCAGAUUGUUGUGUGUACUCUCAUGUGUUCAAGGAUAGGACGAUCAUCUUGUUGUUACUCUAUGUGGAUGAUAUGCUAAUUGCAUGUCAAGAUAUGUCAAAGGUCCAAGAGUUGAAGAGUCUACUUGAGAAAGAGUUUGACAUGAAGGAUCUUGGUCCCGUACAAAAGAUCCUAGGAAUGGAGAUAAGGAAAGACCGAAAUUUGGUCAAGUUGUGGCUGUAA